UACUUUGUGGGAUCAUCUGGGUUUUGCCAUGAAGUAUCUCUAUGUUCCUACCAUUCUCUGUACUAUUGCAGGUUGGGAUCUUUUCCAUUUGAAUGAUGCCUCCUCAACCCAUCAUGUUGCUUUUGCCAAAUAAUACAAUCAUAUCUUUGACAUUUAAGCUAACAGUCAUUCCUGGCCUGGAAGCUGCCCACAUAUGGGUUUCUAUACUCUUUUACUUCCUCUAUGCCAUUGCCAUCUCUGGGAAUAGCAUGAUCUUGUUUGUCAUCCUCACCAAUCAAAGCCUUCAUGAACCCAUGUACUAUUUGCUCUUCAUGCUAUCAGCCACCGACAUGUGCCUGUCCCUCUCCACUAUGCCCACUACUCUAGGUGUCCUCUGUUUUAAUAUACAAGAAAUUGGUUGGAAUGCUUGUAUUAGCCAAAUGUUCUUCAUUCAUUUCCUUACUGUCAUGGAGUCAUCAGUGCUCUUGGCCAUGGCCUUUGAUCGCUAUAUUGCUAUAUGUAACCCAUUGAGAUACACCACCAUCCUCACUCCAACCAAGAUUAUCCAUAUUGGAAUGAUUAUAAUGGCAAGAGGGACUAUACUCAUGACUCCUCUCCUUGUUCUUCUUAAGCGUCUUUCUUUCUGCAGGGAUAAUAUUCUCUCUCACUCCUACUGUUACCAUCCUGAUGUGAUCAAAUGUUCCUGCUCUGAUAUCAGGGUCAACAGCCUCUAUGGUCUUAUUGCUCUCCUUUUUUCCUUUGGUCUGGAUGCUCCUUUGAUUGGUAUCUCCUAUGUGUUGAUCCUUCAUUCUGUGUUCAACAUUGCAUCCCCAGAGGAACGAUACAAAGCAUUUAGCACCUGCAUCUCCCAUAUUGGUGCUGUGGCUAUUUUCUACAUUCCCCUCAUUGGACUCUCUGCUGUUCAUAGGUGGGGAAAGAAGGCACCUCCAUUUGUUCACACUUUGAUGUCUAAUGCUUUCCUCAUUCUUCCCCCUGUGCUAAACCCAAUUAUCUAUAGUGUGAAGACCAAACAGAUUCGAAGGGCUAUCCUAAAGGUUUUUCUGAAGAAAAGAUAUUGA